UCCGCGGCUACUCGGGGCAGCUUCCGCCUUCUGCCGGGUGCGCGCGCUCUACUGGCGGGCGGCUCGGGAUCAUGGCGGCCGCGGCCACGAUGGCGAACUCGGGGUCGGCGCGGAAGCGGCUACUCAAGGAGGAAGACAUGACCAAGGUGGAGUUCGAGACGAGCGAGGAGGUGGACGUGACGCCCACGUUCGACACCAUGGGCCUGCGGGAGGACCUGCUGCGCGGCAUCUACGCCUACGGGUUUGAGAAGCCAUCAGCCAUCCAGCAGCGUGCCAUCAAGCAGAUCAUCAAAGGGAGGGACGUCAUUGCACAGUCACAGUCUGGUACAGGCAAGACGGCCACCUUCAGUAUCUCUGUUCUCCAGUGCCUGGACAUUCAGGUCAGGGAGACCCAAGCAUUGAUCUUGGCACCCACAAGGGAGUUGGCUGUGCAGAUUCAGAAGGGUCUGCUUGCCCUCGGAGACUACAUGAAUGUCCAGUGCCACGCCUGCAUCGGGGGCACCAACGUGGGCGAGGACAUCCGGAAGCUUGACUAUGGGCAGCACGUGGUGGCUGGCACGCCGGGGCGGGUCUUUGAUAUGAUUCGACGCAGAAGUUUGAGGACCCGCGCCAUCAAGAUGCUGGUGUUGGAUGAAGCGGAUGAAAUGCUCAACAAGGGUUUCAAGGAGCAGAUUUACGACGUGUACAGGUACCUGCCCCCGGCCACCCAGGUGGUCCUCAUCAGUGCCACGCUGCCGCACGAGAUCCUGGAGAUGACCAACAAGUUCAUGACAGACCCCAUCCGCAUCUUGGUGAAACGUGAUGAGUUGACUCUGGAAGGCAUCAAGCAGUUUUUUGUGGCAGUGGAAAGAGAAGAGUGGAAGUUUGACACCCUGUGUGACCUCUACGACACGCUCACCAUCACGCAGGCCGUCAUCUUCUGCAACACCAAGAGGAAGGUGGACUGGCUGACGGAGAAGAUGCGGGAGGCCAACUUCACGGUGUCCUCCAUGCACGGGGACAUGCCGCAGAAGGAGCGUGAGUCCAUCAUGAAGGAGUUCCGCUCCGGCGCCAGCCGGGUGCUCAUCUCCACUGACGUCUGGGCCCGGGGCCUCGACGUCCCCCAGGUGUCCCUCAUCAUCAACUACGACCUGCCCAACAACAGAGAGCUGUACAUACACAGAAUUGGGCGGUCAGGGCGCUAUGGCCGCAAGGGUGUGGCCAUUAACUUUGUGAAGAAUGACGACAUUCGCAUCCUGCGGGACAUCGAGCAGUACUACUCGACACAGAUCGACGAGAUGCCCAUGAACGUCGCUGACCUCAUCUGAGGGUGUAGCACCUGGCCGGCCACCUGUUCUCG